AUGCCACCGAAGAGAGCCAAAAAGGUUGCUGCUCCAGCAAAACCUGCCCUUGACGGGUGCAAGAUUGCUCUGAGCGGUAAUUUCCCAGGCACACCACAGGCCGCUCUCAGGCUCAAGGCCGAAGCCGUCGGUGCGACGGUUACCAAUACCGUCACCGACGACACGACGCAUCUGAUUGCUACCGAGGGUGACUUCAACAAGCCCUCCGUCAAGGUCGCAAAAGCUCAGACCCUUGGUAUUCCAAUUGUCGGCUUGGAAUGGCUUUCUCUUUCCGACCAGAACAAUGCCCGGCAGCCCGAAAACAACUUUGUUCUGGGAGCAUCAGCUAAGAGCGGCGCUGAUCAACCCGACGAUGCCAAGUCGACAUCCUCCCAGCCCAACAGCACAAAAGCUACCGCUAAUAACUCUCGAAAAAGAGCUGACCCUCCUGCAAAUGUUGUUGACGACCAGCCCAAGACCAAGAAAGCUAGGGGUCGCAAGGCAGCUACCGAGGCUGUCGAUGCCCACAAUGGCACGAAAGACGCAGGUGACAUUGACGGCACCACCGGGGCCUCCAGUUCAGACCCCGACAAGUCGAAGCCCCCACCAGCUAUUGGCAAAGACCAGGUUGCCAAACAGAAGGAUCUCCAGAUUCCGCUUGAUGAAGGAUGCCCCUUCGCCACGUCCGUUGUCUACAUCGCGCCUGAUGGAGUCAUCUACGACGCCUCCUUGAACCAGACAAAUGCCGGGAACAACAACAAUAAGUUCUACCGCAUCCAGGUUCUGGUGGACCCCAAAGGAACUUGCCGUACCUGGACGCGAUGGGGUCGCGUUGGUGAACGUGGCCAGACGGCCGUUGCAUCUGAGGGCACCCUUGUAGAUGCGAUAGGCCAAUUCGAGAAAAAGUUUAGAGACAAGUCAGGUCUUCCCUGGAAUCAGCGUGGCGAUGAUCCAAAGCCGGCCAAGUACGCCUUCGUCGAGCGGAAUUACGAACCUGAAUCCGACGACGAGGAGGAUGUUGAAGAGAAGGUACUCGGCGCCAAGAAGAAGGCGCCCGGUUGGCAACCGCCCAAGUGCACGCUUCAGGCUGCGGUACAGGACCUCCUAAAGCUCAUCUUCAACCAGCAAAUCUUCAACAACACCAUGCUGGCAAUGAAUUACGACGCCAGCAAGCUUCCCCUGGGAAAGCUGAGCAAGGCCACAAUCACACGUGGCUUCCAGUUGCUCAAAGACUUGUCUGCUCGCAUCGAUGCCGCAACUCCUGCUGGCGGCUAUGGGGUGCCCUAUUCUCCGGCUGUCGAGCAAGUGUCCAAUUCGUUCUACUCCCUCAUCCCCCACAACUUUGGUCGCAGCCGGCCCCCAGUCAUCGCAAAUCAGCAAAUGGUCAAGAAGGAAAUAGAGCUUCUGGAAAGCCUGAGCGACAUGAAGGAUGCUGCCCUCAUCAUGAAGAUGGAGAAAGUUGGAGACGCGGAUGUCAAUCCGCUGGACAGGCAGUACCAAGGGCUCAACAUGGAGGAGAUGACGCCUCUGGAUGCCCAGACGGCCGAGUACUUGCAAUUGCAGGAUUACUUGGUCAACACGCGUGGAGAGACGCACAAUAUCAAGUACAACGUUGAGAGCAUCUUCCGCAUUGAGCGCCAGGGAGAGAGGGAUCGCUUUGACAAGAGCCCCUUCGCUGAGCCUGCGAUUGCCAAGAACCGCCGUCUGCUAUGGCACGGCUCUCGUUCGACCAACUUUGGCGGGAUCCUCAGCCAAGGCCUCCGAAUCGCUCCCCCAGAGGCACCGGUGUCCGGGUAUAUGUUUGGCAAAGGCAUUUAUCUCGCCGACAUGUCGUCCAAGUCAGCCAACUACUGCUGUGCGGGCAUGUCUAACAACACCGCAUUGCUGUUGCUGUGCGAGGCUGAAUUGGGAGAUCCUAUGCAGGAGCUUAUCAAAGCCUCGUAUAACGCAGGAGAAGAUGCGAAGGCGAAAGGCAUGGUGUCAACCUGGGGCAAAGGCUCGCGCGGUCCUCUAAAUUGGAAGGAUGCCGCUUGCGUCCAUCCCUCGCUAGCCGGGGUCAAGAUGCCCGAUGUCUCCGUCGCGCCAGGACGGACAGAUGUGCCCGGCGCCUCUUUGUACUACAACGAGUACAUUUGCUACGAUGUCGCCCAGCGGACGGCCAGCACGUGCAUCACGUGCCGUGCGCGCAAGGUUCGAUGUGAUGGCCGUCGGGGCAUCUGCACCAACUGCGAGCGCCUGGGCUUUGCCUGCUCCUACGACGAAAACGUCGCCAUCGAGAUCGUCCAGCCCGACAACAGCCUCACCGCCAUCGCCGUACCGCGCCGCCGGGCCCGCCAGGCCUGCCAGAACUGCCAUGCAAAGAAGGCCCGCUGCAGUGGGUCCAUGCCGCGAUGCGACCGCUGCCGCCUCCAGGCCCUCGAAUGCGUCUACCGCCCGGGCAAGCGCGCCCUGCCCCUGUCUAGCGCCCUCGCCGGCUCUGCCUCCCAAGACGUGGUGAUGCACGACGAUGAGUCGACGGACCGCGGAGCCGUCGCCUACGACCAGGCCACCUUCGGGAGCGGCACUACAAGCCCGGCUCCUGCCGCCUCCGAGCUCGGCCUCGACCCCGACGAGCCCCUGGCGCUGCGGGCCUUCGACAACUUCUUCCGCCACGUCCACCACAUGCCCAUGUUCUCCUUCCUGCAUCGGGCCUCCCUCAUGGAACGGUACCAUACCGGCUCGCUCGACCGCUCCCUGCUCCUCGCGCUGGUGGGCAUCACAGCCCUGCUGACAGACCUCGGUCCGGGCAUGGUGGAUUACGGCGAUCGGUGCAUUGAAGAGGCGGUGGCUAUCUGUCUUGCCGAGCUGGAGAAGCCGUCCAUCCUCCGUCUCCAGGCGCUCGUCAUUGCCGUGAAGCACCGCAUCCUCUCGAAGCGGCUCUCGUCCGCCUUCAUGGUCCACGCGGUUGCGAGUCGCUUUGCCACGGCGCUGCGUCUCAACCACGAGAACGCCAACCUGUGUUUCCUGGCGCGCGAGUCCCGCCGGCGGCUGAUGUGGUCACUCUACAUGAUCGACUCUGCCAUCUCGAGCGGCCAGCCCGACGUCGCUCUCUGGCCGGACGCCGAGAGGCAGAUCCACGUCCAGCUUCCGUGCAACGAACGCAAUUUCGAGUUUGACCUACCCGAGCCCACCGAGACACUGCAGCCGCCGCUCCCAGGUCUCGACGGCGUCGUGCCGCCGCUGCCCGAUGUGCUGGGCUUCAUGGCGCUCCAGGUGCGCAUCCACUGGAUGCGCACGAGGACUCUGCAGCGCACAAUGAAGGCUGUGGCCGUGCUGGAACCUGGGGAUCUCGCCGCCCUGCCGACCGACUGCGCACGGCUGGCCGGGGAGCUCGAGGCCUUUGAGGCGAGACUGCCGCUCUCGUUCCGCUGGUCCGAGGCCAACUUGCGCCUGCGCACGUACUCGCCCCGGCUCGGCAUCUUCAUCAUGACGCACGUCUGGUGGAGGCAGUGCUACCUUGACCUCUACCGGCUCUUUCUUACCGGCCUGAAAGAAGCGCUCCCGCCGGCUUUUCUCGCCCAUCUGAAUCCCGAAUCCGUCGCCCGCGGCCGAAGACAGUGUUAUGAGCACGCGAGAGCCAUGGCUGACAUGUUUGCACAGGUGCUGACGCUCAGCAACGGUGCGCCAGUCACUGACAUUGACCUGCCCGGGUGUGCUUUCCAGUGCGCGAGAGUGCUCUAUCAUGGCCUGCAGACGGCAGGCGACGAACAGGGGUUUUCUGCUGAAGGAGUGCAAGAGCUCGCCACAGUCUGUCUGCGGGCUGCUCAAAACUCAACGCCAGGGCCGGCAUGUGCCGGCAUUCAAGCGGAUAUCGAGGAGCUCAUUGCCCACGGACUGCAAUUAGCACCAGGCCAGCCUGUCUCGGUUGCCCGCACUCGCGGGGUCAGCGGCGAGUUGGCCGCACCCCGUUUUGCACCGUCGACUUCUGGCGAAGUCGAAGCACAGAUAGGGGCUCAGCCUCUGGCUUUUCCACGUAGCACGAACCAAGCCGCGGGCCAGAGCUCGAUGUCAGCACCCGCGCCCGUCCCGGCUCUCUCCUCAUUCCAGGCCAUGCCGGUGGACGCUGCAACGGUUGUUGCGCCUUCCAGCGCCAGCGGGGGCACGAGCGGGACCAACGCCUUUGAGGAGGUUCUCGACGGGCUCAACUUCGGCUCGGAUCUGUUUGGCUCAGAGUCGUGGCCCGCAUUUCCGAGUGACUGGCUGAACGCGGGAUACUUUCCGCCGCCGGCAGGCGGUUAUUGA